GUGUGGAACAAUAACACAUGGUCGCAAUCCACCUCCGACGACUCCAGCCCCGCAACUGGCAGCUUCACCGUGCCGGGCCUGGAACCUUUCUCGCAGGUGGAGGUGUGGAUGAGCGUGCCAGGCAGGGACGAGGAAAAGGCCGCUGCUCCGCUACCACAGACGAAGCUGUUCCGGACGAGCCGAGUGAGGUGAUCGUAUCCAAAGUCACCAACACAACCGCCCAUAUCUCCUGGACGAUGCCCCUUCACGUGAACGGCGCCAUCAAGUCGUGGGAAGUGACCCUGCGAGGAGAUACCGACAAUGAGGAGACAGAGAACGACGUUGAGGGGGAGAUGAUGUUCUUCGACGCUACUGACCUCACUCCUUCUACGAAUUACGAGGUUACAGUGAAGUGCCAAACAGGAGGAGGUCUGAGUAAAGGGACACGCAGAAGCUUCAAAACACUCAACGCAGACAACACCGGCGACAACCAACCUAACAUCGGACUUAUCAUCGGCUUGUCAGUAGGAGGAGGAAUAAUUGUUGCUGCUGCUGGGGGUCGCAAGCAUCGUCUCUUUCCUGAGGGAAUUAUGGAAACUUUGGAAGAGUUCAUGGUUAUGAUGGGAGAGAGCGUGGAAUCCUCAAAGCAGGAAUUUAACCACGAAAAUACAGAGAAAAGCAGCAGGAGGAGAAUGAGACUUUACAGAGAAGACAACGGGUUCGUGCUCCAGAAGUUGGCUUUUCCUGAAGACAGAGAAGGAAAUGUGCGAAUAUUCGGAUAA